AUGCCGCUAUUCGCUUCCUUCGCUUCCAACCUUCACGAGUCUCCGCCACAAUUCGAGCCCGCCCAGAGCACACCGCCGCCAUUCAUAAGAGACAAGCAUGUCGCUACGAAAGCGGUGACAUCCACAUCGCGCCCGACAGCCAUCUUUCUCGUCAUUGCCCUUGCCGGCGCCCUCGUUCUCCUCUUCGACGCAGCAUCCAUCCGCACAACAGUCGCGCAUUGGGGAAAUCUUGCCGGUGAACGUCUCAGCGGCAAAUCACUCUUGCUAUCUAAGGGCGAUCCCAACGAGUCUGAGGCUUCCUUGGCCUACUUCAUUCAGAUCUCAGAGUCCACCGUGCCCCUUCUCCCUCGUCUACUUCGCGUUGUAUGGCAUCCGGACAACGUAUACGUUGUCCAUUUCGACAAGAAGAUUCCCGAAUGGCAACGCUCACACGCAGAAGCUGCUUUGUUCAAAGGGAAGAAGCAGUACAAGGCCAACGUCCAGGUCAUGAAACCCGAGACCGUCACAUAUCGAGGCAUCUCUAUGGUCCUCAACCUUCUCAGUGCGAUGCAGUCGGCCUUGGACCUUGGUCCAGACUGGAAGUAUUUCAUAAACAUUAGCGGAAGUGACUACCCGCUUGUCUCAGUGGAAAAUCAAAGGAAGUUGCUUGGGACAGAGGACUUUUUGGCUCGCAAUCGCAGCUUUUUCAGUUUCUCCAACGAGGGCUGGUGGGAGGAGAGCAAGGAGUACCGCUUCGACCUUUUGUACACGGAUACAUCCCUGUCUUUCAACGACUCAGAAAGCGAGGUCAUCGCCGCGCACAAGGAGCAGCCCAUUGCGAAGACGGCUGCGUUUACCUUUGUCGCCGCCGAGGCAUGGAUGAUGCUGCACCGACAGUUUGUGACGUUUCUUCUCACGAGCUCAUACGCACGACGCAUGUUGCUAUCGUUUUCCUAUUCACUAGAACCAGAGGAGCAUUACUUUGCUUCUGUGGCGUUCAACAACCAGCUGUUCAACGAGAGCAAUGUCGCACAUGCCAUGCGGCACGUCCAGUGGGUGCAUGAUGGAAAGCACUCUGGGCAACAUCCGUACUACAUUGACGAGAAAGACGCGGAUGGAAAAACAUGGACAUUUCGGAAAGAGAUCGAGGACUCGAGCUGCUUCUUCACUCGGAAGAUUCGAGUACAAGACUCGGGUCUCUUGACGUACAUUGACACACACAUCAGCGGCGUGGCGAAGAAACCGGUAAUGAAAGAUGUGAAUGAGUACAUGACGAGGGUGACAAACUCACUCGGAUGUUUGGCAAACCUGCCCGCUGGGAAUUUUUAUGGUCCUUGCUUCAAGAAGAGGCGGAGACCACAGUGA